AAACCUAGGCUGGACACCCAGCACAAGGCGUGCAAGGGCAACAUUCCCCUUCACUCCUUUAGAAACAGCCAGGGAGGCACAGAGCAUCUGCUGUCUGGAGCCACCGGCUGCCUCAAGAAUGUCACUGUUGGGGAGAGACGGGAGCGAAGGGGGUGGCAGCAGCAGCUGUUCCCUGCCCGCAGCCCUCCCGGCCACGCAGGGCAUUUAAAUUUUAAAGCACACUCUCCACGGCUGUUUUCUCCGCCAUCCUUGUCCGGCUCACAGAGACCCCGUCCCGGGAGCCACCAGCCACUGAGGCACCCAUGGGUUCACUGGUGGCCAAGCUCCUUCUGCCCACCAUCAGCACCUUGGUCUUCCUCCCCACCAUCAGCAUCGCGGCCAAGCGGCGCUUCCACAUGGAAGCCAUGGUUUACUUCUUCACCAUGUUCUUCGUGGCGAUUUACCACGCAUGUGAUGGCCCCGGCUUAUCAGUGCUGUGCUUCAUGCGCUACGAUAUCCUGGAAUACUUCAGCAUCUAUGGAACAGCCCUGUCCAUCUGGGUGUCCCUGAUGGCCCUGGCAGAGUUUGACGAGCCAAAGAGAUCGACCUUCGUCAUGUUCGGCGUCCUUACCAUUGCUGUGAGGAUCUACCAUGACCGCUGGGGCUACGGCGUCUACUCGGGACCCAUCGGGACGGCUGUCCUGGCGAUAACUGUGAAAUGGCUCCAAAAGAUGAAAGAGAAGAAAGGGCUCUAUCCAGACAAGAGCGUCUACACCCAGCAGAUUGGUCCUGGCUUCUGUUUCGGGGCAUUAGCGCUGAUGCUGAGGUUCUUCUUUGAGGAGUGGGAUUACACCUACGUGCACAGCUUCUACCACUGCGCCUUGGCCAUGGCCUUCGUCCUGCUGCUGCCCAAGGAGAACAAGAAGGCUGGGGGCACCGGGACCCCCGCCAAGCUUGACUGCUCCACGCUCUGCUGCUGUGUCUGAGCGGCCCCGGAUGAGCAGGGCACUUGGUUUUCUGCUCCUGGGGUGACUGAGAGGUGCAAGCAAAAGCAAAGUGCCUUUCCUCAGGGACACCGGCGUCUUUUCCCACCAGCUCUGUGCACGCCCUGGGCUUUUCUUCCCUGUAAAAGCUUCGCCUUUCCAUCGCCAGCCCUUGCAGAGGCUAUGCUUGCUGCACACCUGGAUUUCUCCCUGGAGAAGCACUUAUCUGGGCUGUCACCUGUCCCCAGCCCUGGGGGACAUUUGCAUUCUCAGCCCAUGUCACCACCUGGGCUGCCCGCUGCACCAGCCUGGGAGGACCUGAGUUGUCCCCUCCAUGGAAAUUUGCCUGAGCACAUGAGGCUUCGUUUGCCAUGUCUGAUUAACAGAACCUGUAUUUUUGUGAGAUAUUUACUAUGUUAUUUAUGCGUUCUCCUGAUGUAAAUAAUACAUACUAACAAAAA